GAGCAAACGCUCGCCAAACAUGCCUCGAUAAAUCCACUAGCCCCAUGCUAUCUAUCCCGCGAACAUUGCGCCUGAGGCUGAAUCCCAACCACUCAAAGACUGCUUCCGAGUCCGAGCACUGAUCAACGUCGGGUCCUCUUAUCUUUCCUCGUCCAGAGCCUUCUUCUUCGUUUCGUAAACCGUGACCAUAUGUUAUCGAACACCCCCCGACUUCGCGGAAAGCCACCAACGGCUUGGACUUCCGGAUGCUUGCAAAGUUGCUGGGCCUGUUCAACGGAGAUGCAUACCCCCCCUGAUGUUAUCCGUUCCCGCGAGCGACGACACCCACAGCCAGGAACCCGGCCCAGAACAAUCUCGGGAAACGAUCAAAAGCAGGGGGGGAGGACCCUAUGUCUUGUAUACCAUAUCUGAUCUGAAUGGCUUGAACCCCCCGCCCCCCAACUUUGGGCGAAAAAGUCACUAUGGAAUGAUGAUAUCCUUACCCCGUUGUCGGGAUACGUUUACGUUUCGCAGAUAGAUCCCCGCAGUACGAGGAAUCUUAGUUGAUGUAUGCCAUACGGCG